AUGACAGUCGGCGUCGAACAACCUGCGUAUACGUUAGUGUACGACCCCAAUCCAAAUGGGGUCACAUAUACCGUAUCAGACUUCCAAAAGGCAUUGGAAAAGGGGUCUGAUACUGAAAAGAUCGCGACCAUGAAGAGGAUCUUGGUGACCAUGUUAGAUGGUAAUCCAUUACCAGAUUUGUUGAUGCACAUCAUCAGAUUUGUGAUGCCUUCAAAGAACAAGCAAUUGAAGAAGCUUUUAUACUUUUACUGGGAAAUUGUUCCAAAAUUAGAUCGUGAAGGUAAAUUGAAGCAAGAAAUGAUUCUUGUCUGCAACGCUAUCCAACAUGAUUUGCAACAUCCAAACGAAUACAUCAGGGGCAAUACCUUAAGAUUCUUGACGAAAUUGAAAGAAGCAGAACUUUUAGAGCAAAUGGUUCCUUCUGUCCGUGCUUGUUUGGAAUACAGACACGCAUACGUUCGUAAGUAUGCAAUCUUAGCAGUUCUUUCCAUUUACAAAGUCAGCGACCAUUUGAUUCCUGAUGCUUGUGAAGUGAUUGAUUCCUUUUUGGUUGCAGAAACUGAUCCAAUUUGUAAGAGAAAUGCUUUCCUAGGUCUUGCAGAAUUGGACCGUGAAGCUGCGUUGAACUACCUACAGGACAACCUAACUUCGAUUGAAAAUUUGGAUGCUUUGCUACAAAACGCCUUCAUUAGUUUCAUUAGAAAGGAUGCUAUCAAAACUCCAGGAUUGGUCUCUCAGUAUGUUGAAUUGUUGCAAGAUCUUUUAGUUUCUACUCGUUCUACGGAUGUCAUGUACGAAGCUGCCAUUACUUUAACUGUUCUAACCAAUAAAGAAGCUAUUUUAUUGACCGUAGCUAACAAGCUAAUUGAUUUGGCCACAAAAGAAUCUGAUAACAACAUCAAGUUGGUUGUUUUAGAAAAAAUCAACGAAAUAAACGAGAAGAAUCCAGGCUCUUUAGAGGAUCUAACAUUGGAUAUUCUACGUGUUUUGAACGCACAAGAUUUGGAUGUCCGUGCUAAGGCUUUGGAUAUCUCCUUAGAAUUGAUUACGUCCAGAAACGUAGACAGUGUAGUUAAGUUAUUGAGGAAAGAAUUACAAUCUACUGCUGAUAGCAGUAACGAUAAAACUCUGGAGUACAGGCAAUUAUUGAUCAAAUCCAUUAACAAAGUGGCAAUAAGAUUUAUUGAAGUCUCCUCCAAUGUUGUCUCAUUGCUUCUAGAUUUUAUCGGUAACUUGUCGUCUGAAAGUGCCAAUGAUGUCAUUUCCUUUACAAAACAGGUCAUUGAAAGGUAUCCUGAGUUAAGAUCUGAGAUUUUAACUACUUUGAUUGAGACAUUGCAUGAAGUAAAGUCAGCAAAGGCUUACCGUGGUGCUCUUUGGGUACUAGGUGAGCAUGCCCAAUCCGAAGCAGAAAUCCAGAAUACCUGGAAGCACAUCCGUUCAAGUAUAGGUGAAGUUCCAAUUGUUCAAUCUGAACUGAGAAGAGUUCAAAAUGAUGACGAAGACGAUACUGAAAAGGCCCCAAUAGUAUCCACAGGGCCGGUAGUUUUGCCAGAUGGUACUUAUGCAACCGAAUCUGCUCUAUCUGUCUCAGAAAAGGUCAAAUCCACCUCAAACGAGGAAAAAGAAGCAAGACCUCCUUUACGUCGUUUCGUCCUAAAUGGAGAUUUCUUUACUGCCUCUGUGUUGGCUAACUCUAUCGUUAAAUUGGUGUUGAAAUUCGAAAAGAUUUCCAAGAACACUUCUGUAACUAACGCCCUAAAGGCCGAAGGGUUGUUGAUUUUGGUUAGUAUCAUCAGAUUAGGUCAAAGUAACUUAGUAGAAAAGAAGAUUGACGAGGACUCUGCUGAAAGACUAAUGACGGCAAUUUCGGUAUUGAUGGACGAGAUUUCUACCGAAGAAAGUCAAGCAGAGAAAGAACUUUUGAGUUUGGCAUUCUUGGAAGCUACCAACGAAUCAUACAAAUCAAGAGUCAAUGUUACUUUGAAGAAGAAUGCUGCCAAGAGAUCAAACUACCUAGCCAAGCACGCCGAGGCCAUCGAUAAAUCCAUCGUUUUCAGACAAUUUAAGAAUGCAGGCUUGCACAAUACCCCCGUCGAUUCAAUCGAAGAAGAUAUAAAAUUGGCUACCACCGGUACUGUAUCAUAUUCCAAACUACAAGCUAAUUCUAUCACUUCAAAAUUGAAGAAGAUCGUCCCAUUGACUGGUUUCAGCGAUCCUGUUUAUGCCGAGUGUUAUAUCACUAAUCACCAAUUCGAUGUUGUGUUAGAUGUUCUAUUAGUGAACCAAACCAAGGAUACUUUGAAAAACCUACAUGUUCAAUUCGCUACUCUUGGUGACUUAAAAAUUAUUGACCACCCACCUAGCACCAACGUUAUUCCACAUGGGUUCCACAAAAUUACGAUAACAGCAAAGGUGUCCUCAGCAGAUACUGGUGUUAUUUUCGGUAACAUUAUAUAUGAUGGUGGUCACGGUCAAGAUUCUCGUUAUGUCAUCUUGAAUGACGUUCAUAUCGACACAAUGGAUUAUGUGAAACCAGCAAUCUGCGAUGAUAACAGUUUCCGUAAGAUGUGGAAUGCGUUUGAAUGGGAAAAUAAACUUCGUAUCAAAUCCAAAUUACCAUCUUUACGCGGUUAUUUAGAGAAGUUGGUGGAAGUUACACAUAUGAAGGUUCUAACCCCUGAAGAGGCACUCGGCGACAAUGAUUCCAGAUUCCUAAGUUGUAACUUAUAUUCUAGAUCUACAUUUGGCGAGGACGCUUUGGCUAACCUGUGCAUAGAGAAGGAUCCAAUCACACAAGAAAUUGUUGGUGAAAUCCGUAUUCGUUCAAAGACCCAAGGGUUAGCUUUAACCAAUGGUGACAAUAUUACCAGAAUGGGAAGAACUAUGAAUAUCGUUAGUGUUGAUCGUGUUUGA